CUCACAACCGCCCAAAACGACCCGCCCGUAGGAGAUCAGAACAAAUCUCCAAGAUGGCCGCCGCACCUCAAUCGUUCUACGAGCUUUACCGCCGUAGCAGCAUCGGCCUUGCGCUGACAGAUAUGCUGGACGAUCUCAUCAGCGAGGAGCGCAUUCACCCUCAGUUGGCGAUGAAGAUCCUGGCCAACUUUGAUCAGGCCAUCACAGAGGCCCUGCAAAAGAGCGUCAAGGCUCGCUUGACUUUCAAGGGAAGCCUGAGCACCUACCGAUUCUGCGACGAAGUCUGGACGUUUCUUAUCAAGAACGUUCAAUUCAAGCUGGAUAAUGGCGGGCAGAUCGUGACCGCCGACAAGGUCAAGAUUGUCAGCUGCAACGCCAAGAAGCCCGGUGAAGGCCCUUGAAGGGUAUGCGCCAACAAUAGAGAGCAUCAGAGGCGGCCUCGACCACCUUACUCGGAUACACGAACGAGACGCAUUUGCGGACAAGGGCGAUGGGAACGACGACGAGCGCCCCCAGUGGCUGCAUAUUACAGGCGUUCAGGUUCAUGCUCUUACGAUGGCACGGUUUAAGGAUACGGGAGUUUGUUCUUUCAAGAUUGCCAUUUUGAUACCAUCAGAGGUUUAUACAGCAUCGCUCAUAGGUUUGCGUCAGCGCAUCAAUAGACUGGCUG